AUGGACGAGGAACAGGCGGCCCAACCUGAGCGUCAGGUCUUUCUGAGAGAGGGAACCGUGAUUCUACGCUGGUUAUUCGGAUACUACGACGGCCGAAAUUUGCCUGGCUGGAAGACACCUCCAUGUUGGCCGCACACAGCCUCUACCUGGCGACCCCAGAAGCCGAAAACGCGAUUCAGAGACAUAACCUUUGUAGCUAUUGAUAUCGAUGAGCUUCAGGAACAGGACGGUAUGCCGACCAAAUUCCACAUUGGCAUCUCAAUCUUACACACCAAGGACCUGCAUAAUCUCUGUCACGCUCCUUUGCCCCUCACAGAUUUCCAAGCAAAUAUUAUACGGUCUUACCACUGGGCUGUCCAGGAUUUCCAAUACUUCGACAAAAAUGACAAUCGCUUCUGCUUCGGUAAGCAUCAAUGCAUUCCGCUCUCCAGUCUCGAGGAGCGCUUGAAGAAGCUUCUCAAGCCAUUUCAUCCAUUAGUCCUUGUCGUCCACGGAAUCUCACGAGAAAGGAUUAUCCUCCGAAAACUCAAUAUCAAUCUCAAUCCAAUCUUCGAGAUUGACACGACAAAAGCUGCUCGCUAUCCACUUCAGGAACUUCACGAUUCCACGCUCAAGAAGCUCCUCCGAGACUUUGACAUCCCCUUUGCAGGCGAACUACUCCACUUCGCAGGAAACGACGCGCACUUUGUGCUCCGGGCUCUACUCAUGAUUGCUGUGCGCGAUGCACGGCGAGAGUUGAAGGAUAUCCCAGCGUGGGUGCCCGUCUUCGAGGCAAUUGCCCGGGCGCCGCUGCCUCCCAUACCACUGACGCACACCCAAAAGGCGGCCAUCAGAAGACGGGAAAAGAAAGAGGCUGAACUACAGGAAGAACUGGCUCGAUUUCGAGACCGGUGGGUGGACGAGCUGAGGAGCAGAACAAAGCCAGGUUGA